CGGAACUCUGCGUUCCAAGUUCGUCCCCAGGCCUUAUCUCUACAAAACGCGACGGUCGUCAACGAUUGAUUUGACUGUUGUGUGACAUUGUCCCGUUGCAAGUAUGGGAUAAAUUUAGCAACCCGGAUAUGGAUAAUUAUCAUCGUCACCACUGUCAUCUGUAUUCUUCAAAUUCAAAUUUCCUAAAUACACUGGCCAACUGUGAACUGGCGUAAAAAGAGUCAGACACUCAUCAGAUUUUGGUAUCAGACAGUAUAACAUUAAUUUGACUUGAUUACGCUGUUGAACCUACAAUGCCGCAGUUUCGAUCUUACGUUCACUGAAGUAUUGCACGGCGAAACAGAACUGCAAUUAAAAUGCCUGACGAUAGUGUAAAAGUUGCAGUGAGGGUGCGGCCAUUUAACCAGAGAGAAUUUGCAGCCAACUCAAAAUGUGUGGUUUCAAUGGAAGGCAAUGUAACCACUAUAACCAACCCAAAUACUGGAAAGGAGCACACUUUUGCCUAUGACUACUCUUACUGGUCACACAAUGGAUUUCAAGAAAAUGAAGAUGGGCUGAAUGUUCCAACAGAUGACCAUUACGCAGAUCAGAGAAUUGUCUUCAAUGAUCUUGGAAGAGGAGUGCUGGACAAUGCUUGGCAGGGGUACAAUGCUGCCUUAUUUGCAUAUGGUCAGACAGGCGCCGGAAAAAGUUACUCAAUGAUUGGUUAUGGAAUAAAUAAGGGCAUAGUACCUAUCACAUGUGACGAGCUGUUCAAAGCUAUCGACAGUAAUAAAGAUUCUACCAAGCAGCUGCAGGUGUCAUUUAGUAUGCUGGAGAUCUACAAUGAACAGGUUCGAGAUUUGUUAGUGAAACCAACUAAAGGUACCUUCCAUGCGCUGAAAGUACGUCAAAACCCUCAGACAGGCUUUUAUGUGGAUGGACUCAAGAAUGUACCAGUGAGAGAUUACAAACAAAUAGAACAUCUCAUGGAUCAAGGAACACUCAAUAGGACAACUGCUUCCACCAAUAUGAAUGCAACCAGUAGUAGAUCUCACAUGGUCAUAACAUUAAAAUUUAAGCAGAUGUACAUUAAUGAAAAUGGACAAAACACCACAAAAAGCAGUGAAAUCAACUUGGUUGAUCUGGCUGGUAGUGAGAGAGCCAAAGCAACAGGUGCUACAGGGGAUAGACUCAAAGAAGGCUCAGCAAUUAACCAGAGUUUAUCUAUGCUCGGCAAUGUUAUUAGUGCCCUUGCAGAUCAGUCCAUGGGAAAGAAUGUUAGAGUGCCAUACAGGGAUUCAGUACUUACUAAAUUGUUGCAGAAUGCACUAGGAGGGAACAGCAAAACCAUCAUGAUUGCUGCUCUAAGUCCUGCAGACAUUAACUUUGAGGAAACAUUGUCCACCUUACGCUAUGCUGACCGAGCUAAGAAGAUCCAGAACAAGGCUGUGGUGAAUGAGAGUCCAACGGAAAGACUAAUCCGAGAACUACGAGAGGAGAAUGCUAAGUUGAUGAAAAUGUUGAAAUCUGGUGGACAUGUCGGCUCAUCAGAUGCUGAUAUUGAAAGUCUUCUAAAGGAGAAUGAAAGACAAAUGCAGGAGAUGAACAAAACCUGGGAGCAUAGACUUCAAGAGGCAAGGGAAGAAUGGGAGAAAAGCCAACGGUUAGGUCAAGAGGAGAGCAGUGAUUAUGAACACCAUCCCUAUAUUCAGAAUGUAAAUGAAGAUCCACAUCUCUCAGGAAUAAUUAAACAUGUCAUCUUGGAGGGUACGACCAUUGUUGGGAAAGGACUCGGGGAUGGGAAGGAAACCCACAGAAUUGACCUAGCUGGGCUUGGCAUCCAUCCUGAGCAUGCGUAUGUGACUAAUUCCAAGAACAAGAUGACAGUGACUGCUAUAGGAGACAGCAGGAUUUUGAUCAAUGGGAAGUUUAUUACCAAGGCAACCCAGUUAGAUCAUCAGGAUCGAGUAAUAUUUGGAACGAACAGCCUUUUUCUAUACAUUGGUUUCCCUGAUGAUCGCUCAGCAGCCGAAGAUAGUAAGGACAAGUACAACUACCACUACUUCCAGGCUGAGUUGGCAGAAAGCCAAGGUUUUGGAGACAGAGGCAUGCUGGGAUUGGCAUCGACAGGUGACAAUUCUGCCCAUGAUGCCUUGUUGAGACUGGUGUAUCAUGAUUUUACCAGCCUUCUUCCAUCAGUUGCUGAGGUCAAUGAGAUCAGUCAAGAAAUGAAUAGGGGAGUAAAAUUUGAAGCUCUGAUAAAGAAUCUGACUUCCCAUGAUGCUAGAGGUCGCGAUAUGACAAAAGAGGUAUCAGUGAGAGUGACAGACACAGAAACAAAUCAAAUAUGGAUCUGGUCUGCUGAAAAGUUCACCAAUCGACGAUUUCUUAUCAAAGACCUCUACCAGAAGUUCCAGGAAUCAGAUGGAGACACGAUAGUGCAACAGGCUGCUGAUCCAUUCUGGGACCCUGUUGAAGACAUCUUACUUGGCACCUGUCAUGUUUGGCUGAUGAGUCUUGCUUACCUUAUGGGAGUUAAUGAUGAAUUUGAAGUACAGAAUGAUCAGGGAAAAGAGGAAGGAGUUAUGACAGUCAAAAUACUGCCAUGUGAUAAGAAAGGAAGAGCUUUAGGAGAUGACAGCAUGACAUUAGACCCAUCUGAGCUGCUUGGUAAGAGGCUUGAUCUGCUGGUAAUCAUCAAGCAAUGUCGUGGAGUGCAGUGGAUUAGAGAAGAGAGCAGAAGAGGUGUCUGGUGCAUGUUUGAUUUCUUUGACUGCCCUACACCAUUUAAGACCAAGACAGUUUGGUAUAAUACGAAUGCCAAAUUCAGCUUCCAGAAACAAUUUACCAUCAAGACUGUAACUGAGGAAUUUUUACGGUAUCUCCAAACGAAUGCACUCCUCCUACAAGUGUGGGGAGCACAAGCUAGUUCAGACAGUGAUAUCCAGGUAGACAGCACUAAUGAGCAGACUCUGGGAAUCCGUUCAAAUCUCAGCUCAUCCUCAUUACAAAGCUACAGUGAUGCUUCUGUGUCAUCCUCUAAUGAUGAAGAUCUUAUGUCAGGUAGAGAGUUUGCUGAUGAUCUUCGGAAGCAGGCAAUACUCAAUCGCAGUCUGAUGAAGGAGAAUGAGAGAGUGAAGAAGGUUAGGAAACAUCAUCAGUCAGUGGAUCUAUCAGGCAGGAUCAGGGCUGGAUCUGAUCCAAAUUAUGGAAAUCCACGAAACAUUCAUCCCAGAGAGCGUUCUUUGUCCCAUAAUGUGGAAUCAUCAAAUAGCCAGGAGAACACAAGCACAAAUGUGGAUGGGCAGAUAGGCAAGAUAUUGAAGACGUUCUUCCAUAACAUGAAACCUGUGCAGGUCACGAUGAAAGCUGUGCAGGAUGCUAAUGAGCAGGUUGACCUGAAUGACCCAGAGGCCAUGAGAAUGCACAUCCUACAACAAAAGGAGCAACUAACUAACCUAAACAAACAGCUGACCACAAGCAUGACAUCUCUACGAAGUGACCUGAGUCUUGUUAUCCGUACCAAAAGGCAAUCUCGAUCAUCUACUGAGUCUGCUGAUCACAAGGAGCAGAUCAGAUUGGGAGAGAACACACCAAGCAAUCAGAUGCAGCCACAGAUUGCAUGGGGCCGGUAAUCUCCAGACAAGGAGUGCAUGGUCUUCUUUUUCCUCCAUUUUCUCAUGUGUAACAGUGAGUAUACAUAUUAGUGAGGGCCAUAACCAAAUACAUGUAUUCACAACUCCAACGAGCUCAUGUUUUAAAUUCUAUUUGUGAAUAAUGGAUUAUUUCACUGUUUUCCCAGUUACAUUAAUACAUUGAAAACAAUUCCCUGGAACGAUACCUUAAUCUCUGAACAUUUUUGAGCUCAAUUUAUCAUUUGGAUUUCAUUCAAGCAGCAGUUUACUUCAAAUUUGUGGCAUUUUGAGUUGUCCUAAUUGCAGGAAAUUCAUCUCAUGUAGUGAUUGACAUUGUAUUGAAAAGGUGAUUUCAUUUUCUGUUCAUUUAUGUUAGAGUCUUGGUCAUACAUUUCAUUUCUGGCAAAAGGAAGUUCCAAAAUGUGUCCAGUAACAUGUAUUUGUAAGUGUUGAGGUUAAUAUUUCUUUCCUAAAUAUACAGAAAUGUUAUCUAUUUAUAACAAAUUUCUUUGAUGUGUUUAAAUAAACAUGAAGCACAGGAAUAGACAUUACACAAUCUUUUCUUUUUAUGUAAAUAAAGAGCCAAACACAAAUAGAGUGUUUUAUAUUUGAGAUCAUUUCAUUGCCUAAAAGCUUGAGAAUUAGCAAUUAAGAUCAAGCAAUUGGUUGUGUACACAAUAAAUAAUCCUUUCUUUGUAUUCAUCAAUAAAAGAACAUGGUUAGGGAAAUAUGUAUAUAAUCUUUUUUUCACUUUUCUUUGAGUUAUGUAACCCUGUACAGUAUUGGCUUCAGUCUUUUCCUGAGAUGUUCCUUUACAGAGAGUGACGUGAAAAUGUCUAAAUCCCCAGCCCUAUAUAGGGCCUCAUGCCAAGAAGGCACUAUCUGAAUAUUAAUGAUCGGUGUGCUUAAGUGAAUAGGAAAAGCCAACUUGCUUUUUCAGUACAACACUGAGCCUGCCACAGGAGGUUAAUUUAUCACAAUGACAAGUUAGAAUGCUACAAAUUUGAAUCAUACUGUGUGCACCUUAAAUGAAAUGUAAUUGUGAGUUUUGGAAAUCACAAUUAGGAAUUAAGCUUGACAAUGUUGGGGGACGAAUUAAAGUGUCAUUCUAGGAAAUUUGUGAUAUACGUGUUAACUGGAAGAAAACUAUAAUAACCAAGUUUCAUUGAUGACCAAGCUUACAAUGAACAUACGGACAUCUUUAAACACCUAGUUUUGUUCUUCAAGAAAAUGUGGUCUUCUUAUUACAUGGGAUACAAAGACUAAAAAUGGAUUAGAUUGAAUUGGAAUUUUCGUGCAUUAAUUUAUCACAGAAAAAGUAUAAAAGAUGGAGACUGUUUUAGGUGCAGUUUGGGCUAGGGUCAUCUGCAGUGGUCAUCUGCUGUGGCACAGCUAGG